AAGCCCACCCCCUCUCCCUCAAAAACGCCCUCACCCCCUCCACAACGUACCCCUCACACCCCUCAAACCCCUCAAACCGCUCCUCCCCUCCCCCGCCCGGCACAACCUCCCACCUCCCCGGACACCGCAGCCCCCACCGCUCCAUCAUCACAAACUUCUCCCCCUCCAGCACCGUCAGAAACUCCUCCGUCUCCGCGCGCUCACGUGCGCCUUCCGCCGCGCCUCGCUGCCCCACGACGCCCCAGUAGUGCUCGAUUGCGGCCUGGAGGCAGGCGAGGUAGAGUUGUUUGGCGGCGGGGGGUGCGUUGUCGGCGGGGACGGCGUGGAGGGCGAGGCGGGUGCGUGCGAGGGCGGCUUUGGUUGUUUCGUUGGGGGAUGUGGGCAUUUUGGUGGUGUGGUUGUUGUAUUGGUGUGGAUUGUGGGUUGGGCUUCGUUGCUGGCUGGAUGGUUUAUGCUUGGUUGUUGUAUGUGAGAAUGCAGAUGAUGGGUGUUAGAGGUAGGUAGAAGACGGGAGUUAUAA